AUGACCGACGCCAGCACUGUCCACGACUUAGAUGAAUGGAUGCUUAAGCUCGACAGCCUACAGAAGGCUCUCAAAUCAUGCUCUUCAAAACAGCUAUGUCGACUGCAGUCGCCUAUUCUUCGGGCUCGGGCAAAUAAGUCUCAAGUGUGUACUCCAGUGAUUAAUGACAGCGGGAUUGAACUAAGCCACAGCGACCUGCUUCACACCUCGCACUCCCACUCCCCUGCGGAGGGUCCACUUCGGCAGCGAAUCCCUCAGUCGCCAGGCUGCGGAGCUUAUCCGGGCGCGAAAAUCCGACGCAGUGGAGAAAAUUCGCCUCCUCUACGUCACCGGAACCGCCCUGAUGAGCCUGCUCAAUUGCCCAGAGACAAUAUCUCUCUGGACCGGUUGGAUGGAAUGCGGAAACUAGUCAGUGACUUGGACAGUGUUGAGAUCGAUCUAGCAAGCUCGGCAGCAGAUUACUCCAAGAAAGCUGGACAAUUUGUUCUUAGGGCCCUCCGGGAGUAA